AUGACGCUGUUCACAGUAGCAGGUUUAAUAAGUUUUAUUCAAAAACAAUUAGUCAACGUAGUGAACAAAACUGAGUUACAAAAUUUAAUUUCAUUAAUAUCAAAAUUAGAUGAUAAGAUUGCAAAACAAAAAUUAGACAUUCAACAAUUAAUAGAUAACAUUCCAGGUGAAAAUGUUGAUACGUUUCAACAGGAAUUAAAUGCUCUGGAAACUAAACUUAAUAGUGAAUUACAAAAAGAACUAAGAAAUAUUAAACAACAAAUACAAAAUAUAGAUGAUAGCGAAAUCAAAACCAACAUUCAACAGCAAAUACAAAAUAUUGAUGAUAGCGAAAUCAAAACCUAUAUUCAACAACAAAUACAGAACAUUGAUGAUAGUGUUAUUCUACAACAGAUAACCACUAUUAAUAACGUAGUUUUAAACAAAAAUAUACUCGCAUUAGAAAAGUAUCUCAAGAAAGAAAAUAAAUCAUAUUAUUUCAAUCUUCCAUUUGUAAAUUUGAGUUAUAGACAUAGCGAUGCUUCUAUUACUGAUAAUAUUGAUAAAUCAAAAGAUUAUGAAUUGAAAAAAUAUAGAUUUACAGCAAAUAUAAGAGUAUAUUCUCCAGAUUUAACCUCCCCCUAUGAAAUAUUUGAUUCUCAAUUUUUUUUCCGAGGAAAAAUUGUAAUUGAAAUUAUUUUUCUUAUGCAGUUUAUCAAUGGUACAAAAAAUGUAGAAACUAAAGAAUAUGAAAUUAACGACGAAAACAACAAGGUUAAUCACUUAUAUGAAAUUAAAACGAGUGGAAAAUAUAUAGAUAGGUUUAGAAUGUUAAUCAUACCCGAUAGUGAAGAACAUGAACUUUCAUUGAGUGAUCUUGAUAUGAUAUUGGAGACGGAAAUUUCACCAUCAGCAAAUAAUUUAUUUACCUCAAUCGAUAUUCAUAAAAGUCAACAAGGUAAACAAUUUAUAAUAUUUCCAUCAAUAAUUGAACGUAAUGAUGGAACAGAAGAUGGAGGAAAAAUCAUUUUACGUAGAAACAAUUUCAAAGAAAUAAAAAGAUCAAAAAAGGGUAGUGGUGUUACCAUACUCAAAAAGAUAAAUGAAUAUAGUAGCGGUAUAAAUUGUUAUAUACCAAGCGAUAGAUACUGCUUUGUAAAGUGCGUAAAUUAUGUUUUGAACAAAGACUACACAAAAGAAUUUCAAGAUUUCAUCGACAGUUUUUCAAAAUCAAACAGAAAAGGAGUUACGACAACUGCUAGAAUCUGUGAAUUCAAUAAGAAAUUUAAUACUAAUUUUCAAAUUCAUAUGCCCAAACAUAGACAUUUUCAACCAAAGAAAGUAUCCGCAGAAUUAGAUUGGGUAUUUUACUUACAUAAAUCGCAUUUCUGUCUCAGAAGAAGAAAUAACAAAACCUUAGGCAUUAAAGAAAUAGAAGAUAAUUACGAUGAAAACAUAUGGAGAACUUGUAAAGAUGAUAAUGCGGUAACACAAGUUUCACCUCUAAAACUAAAUGUUUCCAAUAAUCUAAAGGCUACUUCUUUAUCUUUAAAGGGUUGGUAUUAUUUAUAUCAUUAUGAUAAAGAAAUGGUUGAAGAAGAAUGGUAUGAAACUACUAGAAUGGUUCCAAAACACACCGAAAAAGAAAAUGUAGAAAAAGUUUACUCACAUACACACCCUUUUAUAAGAUAUUUUAUCAGACAAUCCAUUAAAGGAGGAAGAGUUUUGGCAAAUCGAAAACCAUUUGAAACGAAUAAAAUGGAUGAAAUUUGUAAUGUAUUAAAGGAGUUUAGUGAAACACCAAGUGAUAAUAUAAUUGAUUUAUUUAAAGAAUAUAUUAAAAGUAAAAAAGAUAAAACAGAAGUUAAUUCAAAACUUAAAAAAAUAAAAUGUACUAAACUAAUGGCUUUUGAUGCUAACGGUUUGUACGCUUCCGCCAUGUCGGAUUUAGACAGUGAAUAUCCCAAAGCGGAAAGUGCUAGAAAAUUUUUAACUGAGGAAGAAGAAGAAUUUGUUAAGCUCUUUAAUAAGCAGAAAUUCAGACUUAGAACGGCUAUUUUAAAAGUCUGGUUUAAAUAUCCUACCAAUAUGUUCUUCCAAACCAUACCAGCUAAAGAUAAAAUUACUUUUACGAACAAAGAAUGUAAAAAGGAAACUAGCACUAAAAUCGGGUUCAGAAACAAUUUCUGUUCAGAAGUUUUAACAACGGUCGAUAUUCAAGAAAUAGUUAAAGCCGGUGGACGAAUUAUUAGAAUAUUAGAUGGUAUAGUAUACGAAGAAAAUUUUAAAACUCUACCAUAUAGAGAUUAUAUUUUAAUUUUGAGAUAUCUAAGAAAUAAAUAUAAACGAGAAGGAAAGAAUGAUUACGGUGAUGGCGGAAUUAUAUAUGGUUUAUAUUUAGCGCCAAAAGUUAAAUAUAAUAUUAUUCUAACUUCUGACGGUAUUCUAAAAGAAAAGAAAACGUUUAAGGGUUACUCUAAUGAUAAGAUAGCUGUAGAAGAUUAUAUUCGAUUAGCUAGUGGACAUGAUGUGACGAAUGAAUUUACGAAACCAUGGGAAAAAAGUUUCACCAAUGGAGUAGUUAUUCCAAAGGAUGAUGAUAAACAAAAGAAAGUUUUAAAUCUUGUUAAGAGAAAGGCACUGGACAGCAAAGGAAUCAUGUAUCCUUAUAGUGAUAAAGAUGACUUGAGUUUGGAUGAAACCUACAAAUUUGAUGAUUUCGAUUACCUUACUAUUCAAGAAGAGAAUAAAGAGUGUUUCAUUACUCAAUAA